AUUCAAUACAAAAGCGAAAUUGUAAAUCAUUUCAAAUGCAAUAUAGGAAUAUAAAAAUGAGAAUUAAGUAUAUUAUAUUUUGACAAAAGUUGCAAAAGUGGGGUGCGUUUUUUUCCUAAAGCUAUGUAUCCGCUGUAACAUUAGCAAAUAAAUGUAAUUAAUUAGAAAAUAUCCUAUUGGUGCUGGCAACAUAUAAAAAUGGCACGUUUUAAAUGGAGUUCCAGUAGUGCAUUGAAGAAUAUAGUCAAUAAGAGUCGUGUCCGGUGGCGAUAUACGAAAUCUUGGCUUCACAGACUCAUCACAAACUUCGAUUCAGAUACUUGCUUGGAGCCGAUGUUUUGGUUCGUUGACAACUACACACACCUUUUGGGGCCAUUUUUCAUAUUUGCUGUUUCGGGCUUGACGAUAGCUGUGGUUUUGUUUGCCUACUGGAUUGGUUUACCUUUUUGGUGGGAGAAAAGCCCCAAGGCUACUGUAGUCUUACUCAUUAUUGGCAACUGGCUGCUGCUUAAUGUUGUCUUCCACUAUGUGAUGGGCGUAAUUACUCCACCAGGAGAGCCGCCCAAAGUGGACAAUGGCACAUUUGAGGUGCGCAAGAUAUGUAAGAAAUGUCAUUCACCAAAGGCCCCGCGCACUCAUCACUGCUCCAUCUGUAAUAAAUGUAUUUUAAAAAUGGACCACCACUGUCCUUGGCUCAACAACUGCGUAGGGUUUUUCAAUCAUCGCUACUUCUUUCUGUACAUGGCCUACACAAGUAUUGGCUGCCUCUUUCUAAUAGUUUUUGGCUUUGAAAUCGGCUAUAACCACUUGUGGCUCGAUCACAGCGAUAGCUGGGUUGAAUCGGAGCCAUUAGAGGGUCAACCGGUGAAAUUUAACCUGAGUGGCCAUAUAAUACCAGUGACGCAUGCUCACGAAUACGAUGAGGAACUGCUUCUGCCCGCUAAGCACACACUGCCCACACCGCCCACGUCAGAAGACAGCGCAUUUUCGGUGGGGAAGCGCCGAGCUUUAGUAUUUAUGACAGUCACAAAUUUGACCGCUGUACUGGCGUUAGGAGCACUCACCAUAUGGCAUGCAAUAAUGAUAACACGCGGGGAAACAAGCAUUGAGGCGCUUAUAAAUAAAGAAGGAACCGAAGAAAUGCUUAAAGAAAAUAAAAUUUACGUAAACCCAUACAAUUUUGGAGCACGCAAGAAUUGGAAGUUAUUUCUGGGAUUGGUACGUGGCAGAAAAUUUUGGCGUUGUGUUUUACUGCCAUCGUGGCAUAAACCGGAGGGCAAUGGCUUAAGUUUUCAUACUGUGCAUGACGACGGCGCCAAGUUGUCACCCGAUGAAUGGCCUUAGAAAAUUAAGAAAAGAAAUGCAGAAGUUUCAAGUACAAUGCAUGGCCAAUAAAGCUAGAAAAAUAUAACUUAUUAAUUACUAAAUGCACUAAAAAUGUGCAUUUUUACUACUUAAAUAAUCUACUUGCACAAUGUGAACAUUCCCAAAGACAAUUUUAAUUAUUUAUUAAUGAAAAGUGUAAACUUAUAUUAGGUUUUACACGAUUCUAUGUAACGAAACUGUAUUAGUUAUAGCUGAAUUAAAAAGACACAUUUUCAUAAAUUAAUUGAAA